GCUCUGCAACCAGUGUCCACGAACUUUACACGGUCCUCACUCCCAUGUGAUCAGGAGUAAAACAACAACAACAACAACAACAACAACAAAAAGCCACUAUGGAAAUAAAUUCCACGCUGUUGGGGGGGGACUGGGUCGGCCUGGGCGCCCUGGCUCAGAGACUGUUUGGGAAUAACUCUCUGCUGUCUUUUCCUAACGGCACCAGCUCUGAGAAAUCGGAUGAGGAGGACUUGGAAGUCAACACGGACAUCUACUCUAAGGUGAUAGUCACUGUUAUCUACGUGGCUCUGUUCGCCGUGGGUUCACUGGGGAACUCCAUCACCCUGUACACCCUGCUGACCAAGAAGACCCUGCAGAACCUCCAGAGCACCGUGCACUAUCACCUGGCCAGCCUCGCCAUCUCGGACCUGCUUAUCCUCAUCCUGUCCAUGCCUAUCGAGCUCUACAACUUCAUCUGGUUCCAUCACCCGUGGGUGUUCGGAGACGCGGUGUGCAGAGGUUACUACUUUCUCCGGGACAGCUGUUCCUAUGCCACGGCUCUUAACAUCGCCAGUCUGAGCGUGGAGCGCUACAUGGCCAUCUGCCACCCGUUCAAAGCCAAGAGCAUCAUGUCCCGCAGCCGCACCAAGAAGCUGAUCAGCGCCAUGUGGCUGCUGUCUUUUGCGCUGGCCGUCCCCAUGCUCUUCAUCAUGGGCCAGGCGAUGCGGAACGGAGAGAAGAUAUGCACCACUACUGUCUCUCCUGUCACCAUGAAGACGGUCCUCCAGGUUAAUGCAUUCCUGUCCUUUGUGGUGCCCAUGGUGGCCAUAUCGGUGCUGAAUGGGGUCAUAGCCAAUCAGCUGCUGCGAAUGUUCCGAGAGGCUGAGCAAGACAACCGUGUCUGCAUCGUUGGAGGCAAUCCCACCACGCUGAAUGUCACUGUGGAGCCCAACCGCGCUCAAUCACUUCGCCACGGAGUCCUUGUUCUCAGAGCGGUGGUCAUUGCCUUCGUGGUCUGCUGGCUGCCCUAUCACACUCGCCGCCUCAUGUUCUGCUACAUAUCUGACUGGCCUGACGGCCUGUAUGACUUCUACCACUAUUUCUACAUGGUGACCAACGUCCUGUUUUACGUGAGUUCAGCCAUCAACCCCAUCCUCUACAACCUGGUGUCGGCCAACUACCGCCAGAUCUUCUUCUCUACCCUGACCUACUUCUUCAUGCCCUGCCGUCGAAGUCCAAAGCGGCUGCCCCACGCCCUGACCCGCCACUCCAUCUCCAUUUCCAGCAACCACACCCUGUCCUCCCACAUCAUCAAAGAGACGGCGUACUGACCGGACCGGAUCAGAAUGAAGUCGUGAAAUCAUCCACUGCGUACUUCAUCAAGGACAUGAGUUAUUGGAUCAGAGGCUGGGGUCCAUUUGGCACAGGCUGGGGGAUAGGGGACACCAUCAUAGCCAGGGAGAGACCACUGUGACUUCAUUUCACUUUACUUCUGCCAACAGUUAUGCUUUCGCUCAAGUGUGUUUGUGUUUUUUGUUUUGUUUUUGUCUGUCAGCAGAAAUACAAAGAAAACUACUGCACUGCUUUUCAUGGAAGUUGAACAUGGGCCAAGGACAAAUCCAUUCAUUUCUGGAAUCCAGUAAGAAGAGUCAGAACUUGGAUUUUUUUUUUUUUUUUUUUUCUAUUAUUGCAAGGAGAAAGAGCAAUUGAAUUAGGAGACUGUGAGGCUCUGGGGAUGUGCUCUCCACUGAAUGUGCUUUUAAGAUUAUUAUGUGUUAUGUGUAGUUUGGUAUAAUGUGAGUUUGUGGAUUCAAAAUACAAUGAAAUUAGAUGAUGGAAGAAUAAAUUAAGGAAAGAGGAAAAAAUGGAGGUUUUCUAAAAUGGAAAUCAAUAUAUAAUCCUGUAUAAGUUUAUAAGUGUACAACCAUGCCUGGUGCUCAGAGUGUAUUGCUGUUUUGUGUUUUAGUGUUUCAAAAACCUUUACGUUCUUUCUCUAAAAACAAAGCCUCUGACAGUACUUUUACCACUACACUGAUUCUGAUGUAACAACAUGUUAUGUUGUUGGACGUGAGCAUUUUUGUGUAUUUGAUAUGAAAGGGAAGGAAUCCAAGCACGGAAAGCUGUAUAAUAAUAGUAUAUUUGCAUCAUUUCACCUCUUUCACUUCUAUUACAAGCUACUCUUUUUUACUGAGGUGGAAUGAUUGUUUAAGAGUCAAACAAAAUAUCUCUUAUAUCAAAGCAUCAUGGACUUAUCAAGGUAAUUGUAUU